CAUUCCGGGAAUCAACCUUUCAAAAGUCAUUUCAACUGUUUGUCCUAAUCUUCUUACACUUUGAGAUUACCAUUCCAACUGAUCAAUCGAAAUUAUCAUGUGGCGAACCAUCCAUGUUUGGUGGUCUUGUGUUCUUGGUCCAUCUCUCUAUAGUGUUCCACUAAUUGCAACAUUUCAAUCGAUGGAAUAUAAUCCCAAUUUUUUGGAAUCGGCAUCUAACUGUGCUAUAAAAAUGCUUCAAAUAACGGCAGGAGUGAUUAAAUGGACUGCUCUUUUUUGGAGUCCCUGGGCAUUUAGAAAUCUGAAAUUAUAUGAUAAUUUUUUCGAAUUCUCUAGAUUAGUUGCUGUUACACUUACUAUAUAUUUUUUGGCCCUUUUACUUAGAGGAACUGGAAGGUUUUGUAAUCAUACUUAUCAGGAGUUUAUGGCUUUAUUUUUGGAAUCUAAGGAGACGAUCAAUGAGGAGACGGUGAAUAAACUAAUGCUCUACACUUUUAGUUCUCCGUGGCCUGUUCAUUUUGAUGUCCGGCAGUUACCUAGUAUCUCCGUAAAACCAAAAAAGAUCACUCCUAAACGCAUAUCAGAUGUAUCCACAUUAUUUAUGCCAUUGGUUUGGAUUAUAGCUCACACUAUUGGUAUCCGUAUGACAUAUGUCGGAUGUACAUGGAUUUUAAAUUCUCUUACAUUUAAAGCUCGAUUAGAUGCUCGAAGUAGAUUACAAAUGAAGUAUAAUAUUCAACGAGUCGGACUAUCAACUAGAGAAGGGGAAUUCGUUGAAGCAUUUUAUGCUGAUCGUCGAAUCAAGUCAAGUUCAAAAUCUAUUUCACCUGAACAAGAUGAUUUGAAUGGAGAGAUUUUAGUACUCUGUUGUGAAGGUAAUGGUGGAUAUCCUGAGAUUGGAACUCCUUGGGUUCCACUUGAACGAGGUUAUUCAGUUUUAGGAUGGAAUCAUCCUGGUUUCGGAGAAAGCACGGGGUUACCAUUCCCGGAAAAGGAACAGAAUGCUGUUGAAGCAUGCUUUUUAUUUGCUGUACAUCGAUUACAUUUUCAGCCUAGUCAAAUAUUCGUACUUGGGUGGUCGAUUGGUGGUUAUACAGCAUCUUGGAUAGCAAUGAACUAUCCUGAUAUAGCUGGUUUGGUUUUGGACGCUACUUUCGAUAAUAUAGAUGAACUGUCAAGACGAGUCGCACCAUCUAUAUUUGACCCGGUUUUGGAAUCUGUCGUUAAAAUGUAUCUGGAUUUAAACAAUUUAUCCCAUGUGAUUAAUUACGAUGGUCCAGUGCUUAUUAUUCGCCGCAGUGAUGAUGAAGUUAUCAGCACUGGGGACGAUCAUUCACGUGCAACUAACAGAGGCAAUCACUUACUGAUUGGUUUAUUGAAGCAUCGAUUUCCGUAUCUGAUGACCGUAGAAAAUGAAUCCAUCCUCAAUGCAUAUUUAUCACUUAGCGCUGAAGAACAAAGAAAUACAUUUAAUGAACUUGAUUAUAAUCCAGAGGAAUAUGGGAAACUAGUCGUAAAUUUUUUAAAGGCUGAAGCACUUGAAAAACAAAUCGAAUCAAUGCCUUUAUACCCGUCAAAACUUGGUAAAGAAAUUAGUGAAACUGAUGUUCAGAGAAAUAUGCUUUUUUAUAUAGUAUCCAAAUAUUUUAUUGAAUCUCCCGGUUCACAUUGUACUCCUUUGGCAGGUAAAUAUCUACAACCACCAUGGUCACCGCUAACUCAUUCGUUCAUUGAAUCUUCAGAAACUGAUUUAGACUCUGCAGUUUCAUCUUGGCAAACAUCAUCUUGGGGUGAUCUAAAGCCAGUUCAGCUCAUUUACUGGUUCUCACUUCUUCCAUUGUUCUGGAUUUUUUACUGAUGCAAAUAUGGUCGAUCUGAUUCUCUCUAGUGUGGUCCGGUGAGACUCAUGUAGCUUUAUGUAUGCGUUUGUGGGGGGAUAUUGUCCCACACAUAACCACUUUGUUGAAUGCACAUGAAUAUGGAAAUCUCUCACCACUCUCGGUCCUUUCUCCCAGUCAGUUCAUGCUGUCGCAUGAUAUUUUCAUAACUGUUGUUGUCCAUUACGACUUUGGCGUUUAGAUCUCCCAUCACGAUGGUUAGGUCCUUACCUGGGUACUUCUCUAUGAUCGAUUGCAGCCUCUCGUAAAACUGGUCUUUAUCGUCUUCAUUUCUAUCAUUGAAAAGGUAGCAGAAAGAUUAAAACUCAUACUAAGCAGAAAGAAUAUAUGUAAACGGAACGGCACAACAACUAUUUACC